CCUACUCACACCCAAACCAAAGUAACAGCGUUUCUUUUGAAGCCUCUUUUGUCUCUAAACAAAAGAGGAAUCUAACAAUGGCUUCAAGAACCACAACCUCUUUAGCCCUUUUCUUGAUUCUCAACAUCCUCUUCUUCACAACAAUCUCUGCCUGCGGCAACUGCGGUUGCCCUUCUCCCAAGCCAAAACAUAAACCCUCUCACAAGCCAAAACCUAACCCUAAACCCAAGCCAACCCCAAGCCCGAGCCCUACCCCCACCACAGAGAAAUGCCCUAGAGACGCCCUUAAGCUUGGAGUCUGCGCCAACGUACUCAACGGUCUACUCAACAUCACCCUUGGCAAACCACCGGUCGAGCCAUGUUGCAACCUCAUCAAAGGACUCGCUGAUCUUGAAGCCGCGGCUUGUCUUUGCACUGCACUCAAGGGCAAUAUCCUCGGGAUCAACCUGAACAUCCCGCUUUCUCUCAGUCUGCUUCUCAAUGUUUGUAGCAAAAAAGUUCCACCUGGCUUUCAAUGCUAAUCAAUAUUCUAAUUACACAACCAAAACUUCAUGUCUUCUUGUUUGGACAGACAAGAUGAUAUAUAAGAUAGAUCCUGUAUGAUUAUUGUCUUUGUUUCUCCUUUUUGUGUGUUAUUUAUUUAUGUAUGUGUGUGUGUUUGUAACUCCUCAAACUCUAAACUUUACAGUUAUUUUUAUUUUGUUUUCUUAUACGGUCAUUGGGGUGAUGAUGUUGUAUUGGUUGUCGUAUGAAUUAAUAAAUCAUGUGUUAAUAAUG